CAAGAGAUUUUGUUUCAAAAAUAAUCAUGGACAAACCUAGUAACCUUGUAGGGACCUCUGACACUACACUUAGUUAGAAAAAGACUUCCACAGACCUUAAUGUUAAUUGUGUGGUGAGUGGGGUAGAAGUGUUUUCUUCUGUGUCAUGUAGUGUGCCUGGGGUUCCAUCACAGACUGAGUUAUCCGUGGCUAACGCCUCCCUUCCUGAGUCUACUCUGCUCACCAAUGAGCUACUCGAAGAAGGCCCCUGUGCUUUCAUAGUAAGUAAGGCUAUUUCAGAGGAGGCAGGUCAUGACAUAAAAUAUGAAGGAACUGAGUGUGAGAUGUGUGACCAUGCUUUGCCUGCUGUUCCUAUAUUCGAUGAACUGAAGACUGAAAAUCCUGAUCAUGAACUCACGUUAAUCCGCCAAGAUGAAAACAUAAAUGCAGAUCAUGGUAACCUGGACUGUGUAAUGCCACAACAUGAAUUCUGUCUUCCUGAAGGUAACAAACAGGGCGAUUUUGAACUGUUUUGCCCCAGCACUAUUGCCUCCAAUCAGGAGAUGGAGGCUGACAUCAGGGUUAAUGUGACACCGUUUUCUCCUGUUUCCGUGAACUCAUCACUAGAUAAGGUUUUGACCUCGAACAACGGUGUUACCACUCAUUCACAGCCUGAUGUGUCACCUGCUGCAGUUAAGGGUUCAAGUGCUGUUUUACCUGUGUCUGUCUCUCAACUCAAUAUAGCUAUCACUCUGAAGCCACAGAUCACUACGGGUGCGGGUUCCAGCAAAUGUGUCUGUCCAACAUAUCACAGUCAUGCUACUAACAUGCCAUUAGUUAGGUCCAUACCCGAGUAUUUAAUGUUUGUCCAGGAGCCUCACCCUAAUGGUCUAAGCCUUGUUUUUGUGGGUGAGGUGGCAAUUCUUGUGUUUCGUAUAGCUAAUCCAGCCCCUCUGAGCCUUACACUGCCAUUGAUCAGGUCCAACAAGCUUAGGUCGACUCCUCCUGUGACUAGAGACUGGGCCAUUUGCCUUUAAGCCAGUUAAAACUGAUGCAGACCCUGAGAACCUAAAGCUGGCUAGCACAGAACUGGUGGUCAUUAACACUGCUCACUUCAUGGACUCCUGUGCUAAAAUAGUAAGCUCUAUAGACUGUUUUUCACCUGCUCUCUCUCCGUGUGGGAUUAUGCCUCAACAGCCUGUUUUUCCUCAGCCUUUACCCCAGUUAGCAGCUCAGCUCCCUGUCCAGUUAGCAGCUCAGCUCCCUGUCCAGUUAGCAGCCCAUCCUGCAUCUGCUACUGGAUGCCCGGGUGUGCCAGCCCGGCACCCCGCAGCAUCCCCGCUGCUUCAUGCCUCGUCUGCUGGGGGCCCGAGGAGCCCGUCCGGCCUCCUGCCACGUCAGCUGGGGGCCCGAGGAGCCCGUCCGGCCACCACCUGCGGCUCCAUCGCCUGCAGAGUCUACGCAGUCGCCUGGUCCAGCUUCGCCUUCGUCUGGUCCCGCCUCUGCUUCUGCCAAGCCACUCAGCAUGUCAGCUGGAGGGGCCCGUCCAGCCACCUGCCACGUCCGCAGGAGGGUCCGAGGGCCCGUCCGGCCUUCGUUGCCUGCAGCGCCACCAUCUGCGGCUCCCACGCCGUCGCCUGCAGCGCCACCAUCUGCGGCCCCUGCGCCCUCGCCUGCCUCACCCUCGCCUGGACCUGCCUCGUCUGCUGGAGAGUCCAAGCAGCCCGUCUGGCCCCCUGCCUCGUCGGGGCCCGCCAAGCCACGUCCACGACCGGCCCCGUCUGGUCCUACCAAGCCACGUCCACGGCCGGCGCCUGCCAAGCCGUCAGCUGGCCGGCCUCCUGAACCGCAACGCCGCUUCCUUCCACGUGGCCGGCCUCCCGAACUCAUGAACUGUGGGCUGUUGUGUUGCGGCCCUCCAGGCCGGCCCCCUGACUUAUGUUUUGACUUUUGUCAUGUGCUCCAGUGUUUUCCUGUCAGCUGUUUUGUUUCAUGUUCUGGGCCCUCCGUCCUGGUCCCCCGCCCGGGCUCGGUGGUCCGUUUUUUGGUUUGGGGCUGUCUGGAGCCAGCCCUUGGAGGGGGGGUGGUGUCAUGGUCCUGGGUCAUGCGACCCAGUGUUUUGAGUUUUAGUUUAUUUGGAUGUUUGUUUAGGUUCAUUAAGUUAUUCCAGCUCAUUUGUAAUUAUAUUACCCUUGUGUUUAGUCUCUCUUGCCCUUCAUGUGUGUUAUGUUUGUGUCUCUUAUGUUGUCAAGUUCUUGUAGUUAUUUCUGCCAUCUUCCCCUCUACUCAGUCUCCCUGGUUCUGUGUCUACGUGUCAUGUUUCAUGUCUAUGCAGUUAGGUUAAGUUCAUGCCAUGUUUCAUUUUCAUGUCUGUCUGCGUGUUUCCUGUUUUAUUUUGGAAGAGUCUGGUGUUCUUUGUUCAUUGUAGUUAGUGUUACUCUCCCCUGUAUUGUCAUUA